CAGUUACGCCUAGGGUUUUGAUCGACGAGCUAUAUAAAUCUAAUGCUCUCAUCUCAAACCCUUUGUCUCCUGCGUUCCCUUUUCUGAUUUUCAUCGCCUGCCGGAGAUCCGAUCGUCGUACUGGUGGGCGUUCAAGCAUGGUGCACGUUUCCUAUUACCGGAACUAUGGGAAAACUUUCAAGAAACCCCGUCGCCCCUAUGAGAAGGAGCGAUUAGAUGCUGAACUGAAGCUUGUGGGAGAAUACGGGCUUCGCUGCAAGAGGGAGCUUUGGAGGGUUCAAUAUGCUUUGAGCCGCAUUCGUAAUAAUGCAAGAAUGCUUCUUACCCUUGAUGAGAAGAAUCCCCGCAGGAUUUUUGAGGGCGAAGCUCUUCUGAGGAGGAUGAACAGGUAUGGUCUGCUUGAUGAGAGCCAGAAUAAGCUCGAUUAUGUCUUAGCCCUUACUGUGGAGAACUUCCUUGAGCGACGCCUGCAAACGCUUGUGUUCAAGACGGGUAUGGCUAAAUCAAUUCACCACGCCAGGGUGCUCAUCAGACAGAGGCAUAUCAGGGUUGGGAGGCAGGUGGUCAAUGUGCCGUCCUUCAUGGUGAGAGUGGAUUCACAAAAGCACAUUGAUUUCUCUCUGACAAGCCCCUUUGGAGGUGGCCGUCCUGGUAGAGUCAAGCGAAAGAACGCCAAGGCAGCUGCAAAGAAGGCUGCUGGUGGGGAUGGAGAUGAAGAAGAUGAGGAGUAAGAAGUUGCAUUCAUGAUGUAGUAGUUUGGCUGCCCGUAUUAGAAGAAGAAAGUGUUAACACUGUUACCUAGUGGUUUUUUGCAUCUAUGCCAGUUAAUUACUGUUUCAUCGUCUCUAUUUGUGUUAAUUGAAGCUUCACAGUCACAGUUUCUUCCAAAUUUUAUAGCCUUAAGACAUCUUCCAGAUGUGUCUAUGGAUAUUUGAGUUCCAAAUUUUGAGUUCGUAUCAUUGUGUAGUCUGACAAUUAUUAUUGUUCUCCAAACCAAUAUCUAUGACUAUUAGCUAGCUAUUUGCUGAA